CAGCAAAACGUCACCUUGUGCUUUAUUAUUAAACAUUAGUAGACAACAGAAUGCAUGGGAGGAGUUCCUUAAGCUUUAUUGAUCUGAGAUGGUAUAAAAACCGAACUGAGUCUUAAUCUGUAGUCUGUGCGUCUAGACCGUCUAAAGUCCAUAAUGAAGAUCACCCUCAUCCUCUUUCUCACCAUCACCCUGAUCUCUCAGGGCUACAGUGAUUCUCUGGACUUCUGCUCACUUUCUUGUAAAGGAAGAUGUGGAGAGCCCCGUGAUGCUUCGAACGAUUGCAACUGCGAUUCACAAUGCCAGCAGCACGAGGACUGCUGCGAUGACUAUAAAAAGCAGUGUGGUCGUCGAGCAUUAGCCCGUGUCUCUGACGCUGAGAUCAAGUCUCUGUCUGAGGCGCUGUACAAGUUAGACCAUAACAGGGCCACAGCCUCAGAGCUGGUUAUUGAUCCUCAGACACUGAUCUCUUCAUCUCAGACCGGCUCCGGGAAUGACCACUCAUCUCGCCCAUUGUUCAAGCAAGUGAGUAGUACUUUGCUCUCCAAGCCCACAUAUAAAGCUCUGCUGAAUCUAUUAGACAACUAUAGAAGGGUGACGGGGGAAGCGGAGGAUGUGCCCUCACAGGAAGUGCAGGAGCAGGACACUUUCCUCCAACAGACCAUGAACACUGAUGUUGGCAAGGAGCUUUACAAUUUCCUCCACUCUAAAGGUAUAUACUCAUCACAGAGCGCGUUUAUCCAGGAUCUGAAGAUGAUGUGGUUUGGUCUUUACUCUCGAUCCAGUGGCAAACUGGACUCCAGCGGGUUUGAGCACAUCUUUGCAGGGGAAAUUAAGAAAGGAAAGGUGUCUGGUUUCCACAUGAAUUACUACAGCCACAGUUUUAAUGGCCCUUGGACCACAUAUCCUGAUGUAUUGGGAAUGCAGUUUGAAUGGGAUGGCUAUUUCAAAGAGGUUGGUUCUGCCCUUAUUGGCUCUAGUCCUGAAUUUGAUCUGGCUAUCUACAGUCUCUGCUACAUCACCCGCCCUGGCCAGAAGUGUUAUGUGAGUCUGGGAGGAAAAACUCUGGGCAUUCAGACCUAUACAUGGGACAACAGCAGCUAUGGGGAUGGAAAGAAGUACAUUGCCUCUGCUUACCCUGCCACACCAUGAUUCCCUGUCAUCUGAACAUCAGUAUCAACAGACUCACAACCAAAACAACUCAUAUGUAAUCUUCAUUUUUUCUUGGUUGUUGAUGUUGGACCAAAUAAAACACAAGAAUAGAAAAACACCCUUCCCGUCUGUAUUUUUACUAAUACAUAAUAUUCUUUCACACUCUCAUUAGCUACAACUGUCAAAAUGUACA